GGAGGUCUUGCUCUUCUGCGCCCUCUCGCGCAAAGGGUUAAUUUUCCUGAUCGCACGAGGGGGAGGAGAUUUCCCUGUAGACGAGUAAAAAGCGUGAUGGACAAACGUGCGGGCACUAAGACCGCAAGGCAUUCAUUUCCUCCUACGGUGGAUGCGGACGCUGGGAGGAGAGCCCCUGAGCUAGGAGCUGGGAGCCGAGGCGCAGAGAACACGUAGCGACUCCGAAGAUCAGCCCCAAUGAACAUGUCAGUGUUGACUUUACAAGAAUAUGAAUUCGAAAAGCAGUUCAACGAGAAUGAAGCCAUCCAGUGGAUGCAGGAAAACUGGAAGAAGUCUUUCCUGUUUUCUGCGCUGUAUGCUGCCUUUAUAUUUGGUGGCCGGCAUCUGAUGAACAAGCGAGCCAAGUUUGAACUGCGGAAGCCACUCGUGCUCUGGUCACUGACUCUUGCCGUCUUCAGUAUUUUCGGUGCUCUUCGAACUGGUGCUUACAUGCUGUACAUUUUGAUGACCAAAGGCCUGAAGCAGUCAGUUUGUGACCAGAGUUUUUACAAUGGACCUGUCAGCAAAUUCUGGGCUUAUGCAUUUGUUCUCAGCAAAGCACCCGAACUAGGUGAUACGAUAUUCAUCAUUCUGAGGAAGCAAAAGCUGAUCUUCCUACACUGGUACCACCACAUCACUGUGCUCCUGUACUCUUGGUACUCCUACAAAGACAUGGUAGCUGGGGGUGGUUGGUUCAUGACCAUGAACUAUGGCGUGCAUGCCGUCAUGUACUCUUACUAUGCCUUGCGGGCUGCGGGUUUCCGAGUCUCCCGGAAGUUUGCCAUGUUCAUCACCUUGUCCCAGAUCACUCAGAUGCUGAUGGGCUGUGUCAUUAACUACCUGGUCUUCAACUGGAUGCAGCAUGACAACGACCAGUGCUACUCCCACUUUCAGAACAUCUUCUGGUCCUCCCUCAUGUACCUCAGCUACCUUGUGCUCUUCUGCCAUUUCUUCUUUGAGGCCUACAUCGGUAAAGUGAAGAAAGUGACGAAGGCUGAGUAGUGCCAGAACCGAGGAGGAAGACAUAGCUCAGGGUCAUCACGAAAAAUAAUAGACAAAAGAAAAUGGCACAAGGAAUCACAUAUGGUGCAGCUAAAACAAAACAAAACAUACCGUAGGAGCAGACACUAAGCCCCAGGGCAGCUUGGGAGUGAAGAUUAGGUUGUAAGUUUAUGAUCCUUUUUUGGGUGAGGACUCGCUGACCGCAACUCCAUCUCAAAGCACUGCUGCUGAGGAACCUCUUCCCUCUGACCUGUCAACUCUAGAACACACUAGAUGCAAAGGUAGCCACGGGCAAAGAGGUUAGUGGACAGCAAGCAAAACACUGCAGGGGGGAGGGGUGGAAAUCUAUUCAGAGUUUUUUGUUUUGUUUUGUUUUGUUUUUCUCUAAGGAUAAAGGAGUUUCCCCUUUUCAAACUAUGAGAGCACACACAGAGAUACAAUCUUUCCAGAGCUGAUAGAAAAGAUAAACAUGGAAGGGACAGGGUUUAUAUCUAGAACAGCAAUGCUUUUGCAAAGAUCUAGGCCUUUUAAAGAAAGGUUAGCUUGGAACUCCUUGGAAAAAAAGAUGUCUUAAUUAUUUUUACUGGGACUGAAAGUAAAAAGGUAGAUACUUUCCCCUUCAGUGCACAGCCUCAGGGCUUGUAUGCCUGCUACAACCAAACAGGACAAUACUCCCCCCCCCCCCACCCCCCCCAUGAUGUUUUAUUUCUGGGAGAAAGAAAACCCCAGUAGUUGAAGCAUCACACUGACAAGUCUUAGCUCUGCUCUUCGGUGAGAAUUCAAGCAUCCGUCGUUCAAUUGCCCCAAACUUUAGGACGGAGGAGUAAAUGCAGAAUUGAAAAGAAAGAAGCUCAACUGGUUGGCUUGAAAAUGGAAUCUUGUACUAUCUGCAACAAAACUCAGCCCAUCUUUCCUGGAUCUGGAAAGGGAGGAAGGACUAUGGGGAGAAACUGGAGCUGAGGAUUCGUCCAAUACACACACAGACAUCGUGUUGGCCUCCCUCCCUGUUUGACCUCACACAUAAACCUGGCUUUCUAAACGAGGCCCUGUGACACAGUCUGUGCUUUCUCUAUUUUUGUGACUUUCAUAAGCAGAUCUGCAGCGAGCGCUCUGCCUGAUUUGGGGUAAACACUGUGUUUCUACAGCCUCUGCAUUUGCUCCCUUAAGCAGUGCGGAGGCAUGAGAAGCGCCCUCUGCUGGCUUAGUGAGAAGCUUCAACAAACACUUCCUAAGAGGUUGAAAUGGCCGACCACAAAGGGCCCGCGUAGAUUAAACCCUAAGUUCUAAGUGCUGUCAAACACCUGACAUCUAUUUGACCAAAUCAGAAGAGAGAGAACCUCUGUGCUUCAAGUAAGCUUCAUAAAUUUUUAAAGUGACUUUCACUUAGGAACUCAAAGUCAAUGUAUUAAGAGCCAUAUUCUUUAAAAAAAGAAAGGAAGAAAGGAAAGAAAGAAAAAAGGAAGCUAGACAAUGUUAUCUGUAAUAUUUCAGUCCUCUACAAGCCAAAUAAAUGUGUCAAUGUUCCUAAUAUUUCAAAGACGCAAUUACGUAAAGUUGUUCAAUGUGAUAUAAUAGUAUUCUAAUUGGUUAAGUAGUUUAAUGAUUAGGCAAACUAGCAGAAACAAUUAGAGGCUACUACACUGCAUAGAUUAUAUACACAUAGCCACAAACGCACAGAAGUGUGAGGUACAGGGAGCUGUAAGACCCAAAUCAAUAGUAACAAUUUUUGGCUAGCAGAAACUGUCACCUAUCUUCCUUUACCUGAGAGUGUACAGUAAAAGGAUUUUUUUUCAAAUUAUUUUUAUAUUUUAGCUUUAAUUGUGCUGUCAUUCAUGAAACAGCUGCUCAGCCUUUCUGUGAGAGACGGCAUGGGCGUUUCCGUGUGGCUUGUUUACGUGUGGAAUUGGAAAAGAAUAAAGUUCCAUUCCAUUCUGUGAGAAUGGGAUCAAGCGUGAAUGAAGAACCCAUGCAGAUCAAGUCAUAAGUGAAAGACCAGGGGAGGGAGCCAGGGCUGGAGUUGGCUGUGGGCUGUGGCAUCCACGUCAACAUUGUGCGGUGGCUGACAGAUGAGGCGUGGUUGAAGGGAUGUUUUGUUAUUAGGAUAGGAGGUAACUGGAGAUGAAAUUCUCGAAGCCACUACGUCCAACGAAGUCUUAGGGUGUACUUGUCCCUUCGAGCUUAGUAAAUGCACAGUAGUAUACAAUAAUGAGCCUUUCCCUUGCCUUAUAGAAGAAAGGGAGCAAAACAGUGAAAACCAAGAGGCCGCCUAUCAGUUGACUCGAGUCUAAUCAAAAGGCCAGCCUGAGGCUUAUCUGGUUGGCUCCGUUUAAUUCAGAUAUUUAUCAUAGAAUACAGGUUACACUAUGGAGAUCUCAUAAGCAUAAACUUUAAAAAGACUAAGCUAUGUUUCCAAAGCACUUUAAUCUCAAUGUUCCGCUUCAUGCUUUCUUCACCUGUAAAAUAACUUAGACUUUCCAUUCGCAGGAUGAAUAUAUAAUAAAUAGUUUCUCGAAGCCAGCUAAACUAUAGCUAGGGGCAGUUCCAGUGUUCAUCAUGGGAAAAAAAAGCCACAUGUUUUUAAAAAACAAAAAAACAAAACAAUUCUGAUAUAGGCUCAGCACACAGUUUUUAACACAUCAGCUUAGCUGCUCUAAUUCUAUCAAGAUACGAGGCUGGACCACUAGCCUAUGACACAUCUGAAACCUGUCAGAGUUGACUGCCAUUGCCACAUAGGUAAUACUGCUGUCGGUGAACAUUCCGGGCAAGCAAGUUUUUGUAGCCGCCCCACUAUGCUGCAAUUGAUUAUCUUUCUAUUGAAGAUUUCUCGCUGCAUUCCAAUCCCAGUGUGGUGAAAACUUCAUUCCUGGAUUGAAGGAACACAAAUCCAAGAUUUCAUAAAAACGCAAUUGUGUUCACUAGGUCUGAGCAUCAACUCAAAAUGUGUUGAGUUUGCAAUGAAAUUCUAGUGAGAAUCAUUCAUUCACACAGUAGGAGAUCUUUAUUUGGACCUUCAAGUGUCACUUGUGAGGACGAUAACAGCUGUCAUUGUUAUUAUUUAUUUAUUGUAUUUAUAUCCAAUGCCAGGCCAAAGUAUUGAUUUAAAGUCACAGUUUAUUUCAAGCAGUGCCCUCCCCUCCCCCCAGUCUUUCUAAUCCGUCUGCACUAUGGAAAGUCAAGACUGGGGGGGAAAUACAUAUUGCAUUGCUGCAAUAGAAAGCAGGCUUGUUGAUCCUCCUGCUGUCUUUAGUUAUGAUGAGACCGAUUGAUCACUGACCAGUGAUCAGGCAGCAGCUUCGUGUGGAUGGAAUAUCUACAGGAGGCUAGGAAAACACUUCCAGAAAAGAAUAACCACAGAGUUUGUUGUUUGUUUGUUUGUUUUAUAUCUUUGUGGUAAGAUAAACCUGUCAUAAGAAUUACAGAGCACCAUUGCACUGGGGUAGAAUGCUCCAGAAGUCUGGCUAUAUUCCCAGGCUGCUCAAUUACCUGGAAGUGUCUGGUUACUAUCUUGUUCUGAUAGGAGGAGCUUUUCCUCAGGGACUGCCAGAUGCAGACACCCAGUCAGCCCUAGCGCAUUCUGAGCUUUUUCCAGGCCUAGGUAAUGGGUCCAGGACUGUUGGAUUGCCUAGGUGUCAAGUGAGUUCCUAGGAGAAUGGAGAUGGGAUAGACUCCACCCCUUGAUUCCACCAAGCUUUGAGCUACAUUAGCAAGAUCGGUGUCUAGACACAGUGAAGUAUCCAUGCUGGAGAGCUACAGUUGUGGGAAGAUCGUGAUGACAGACAGAGCUUUCUAGCCUUCAAAUGCACCUUUGUCCCAGGCUUGGUUUUGAUAACAAAUAUUUUGCUAUCAGUUUGGGACAACGGAAGAGUCGUGUGAU